AUGGCGGAUUCAGGGAGCAAAGCCAUACGCGAGAGUCAAUUGGAAAGAAAACAGGUUUUUAACCCAUAAGAUGUCGUAAACGCGGUUUCUUCGUGUUACACACAAAUAUCGAUUUGUUGCCGUACUCUGUAGCAUUUACUCACUUUUGAAGCUCACGUGGGUGAUUCGAUCUCUUCAAGGUUGAACUGGCCAUUCCAGCCCUUAUGAAACAUACGGACCAGAAAAAAGGCAAACAACUGCAUCUCUUGAGUGACCACGACACCAUUCUCUUGAUCUUAUCUCUAAAAAAAAUUCCUAAUCCUGACAAGAAGCCGAGGAAAAUGUAAGUGUUUAAAAGCGAAGUGACAACAACGAAAAUGCGUUUAACCGGCAGCGCAUGCAAGGCUACAACAAAUAAUUUAAGCUUAAACAACUUAUUUUCAAGUUUUGUUACUUUGUAUCGUGUUCAUUUUAAUCCCAUGCUGUACAUGUAUAUUCGUGGCCGCAUGUGGUAAUACUUUCAUAUAUGUAGCUCCAAAACUUCUCUGUAAAAUGGCCAUGCAUUUUUUUUUUACAAUCUCGAGAACAAGGCAUAAAUUUGAAAUACUUUUAGUUUACAUAAUAGGUACGAAAAAAUUAGUUGUUUCCAUUCUUUAAUCCGGCAGCCAAUAUUUUUAUACUAAGUGUUUUCUCUUAAGCUUACAGCAUAUACAGUCAACUCCCUCUAAGAUGGACACCUUUGAGACCGGCAGUAAGUGUCUGUCUUAGAGAGAUCUCCUUCUUACAGAGAGUCAAAUAAAGGGAGUAAAGAAAGGCAGGGACCAACUCUAGGUGUCUGUUUUAGGGAGGUGUCCGUCUUACAGAGGUGUCUGUUAAGAGAGAGUCGACUGUAUUGCCAUUAAAAAGGUUAGAGAGUUGCAGGGUGGCCUUCAAUAGGCCAUUUCCAAGUUCCAAAAUCUCUUUCUUUCAAACCGAUGCCAAGUGCAAAACCUUUCUUGUGAAAAUGACUCUUUAUUUGCUUGAGAAUAAAAAUUCAUUUUCAUAUCAAUGGACCUUUGCACUUAGCCUGUCCUUGGCACAGAGGCUUGAGGCGAUCCAGAAAUUGCCUUAUUGCUCUUGUUUCUGAGAUGUAUGUCUUUUGUUACAAGUAUUUUUUUCUUUAUGUCAGCCUGUUACCACACUCACUGUACUCAGAUGAUGUGGAAGUUUGUUUAUUUACAAAAGAAGAAAGUUCAAAGGCAAAGGAAAUGUUAAAAGCCAAGGGAGUGAAUGUUAAAAAGGUGAUUCUCAUUACACAUAUUUUCACCAAUUUUUAGAUUAGUUGAAGAAUGGAAAAAUUAUAGCUUCUUACUGUUACAUUUUUUUUUUCAACAGAACAUUGAGGUGGCAUUACAAUUAAAUGCAUUCUCACUGAUUAAAACAAAAAUUUUCCUGAUUUUUGAAAGCAUAAUAAUUAUUAUUUAAAUUCUACCUCUCAACUUUAUGUUGGAUUAUUAGUUGUAUCUCUGUUGCCAGUAAUAUUUGAAACUAUUAGUGUGGACAUAGAACAAAUAAAAUAAAAUAUACAGCCAUAGGUUUUAUUUGCAUAUGCUAUUUUCUUUAAACUUGCAAGUUAGAUAUACAUUUACGUUGUGCAAUUUUUAGAAUGGUUUCUUUUAGUCAAAAUGUAAUGGUUGUUUUGUUCACAUACAUUCCUUCCACCGAUAAGUUGGUCCUAAUCAUUGGAUAACUUGUUAUUUCCUAUUUGACAUGUAGGUAGUGUCUUUGACCAAGCUACGAAAGAAUUAUCAUUCAUUUGAAGCAAAACGACAGCUUUGUUCAUUGUAUGAUGUUUUUGUCUGCGAUGAAGCAAUUUACCAUUUUUUGCCACGACUGCUUGGAAAAACUUUCUACUCCAGAAAAAAGUAAGUAACUCACUAAAUGUUUAUUUACAUGUAAAUUUGUGAUUAAAAAAAUAUAUAAUAUGCUGAUGCUUUAGGUGCACAGUAUGUGCAUUGUGAGGAGGAGGGAUUUUUUAUGAUUUUAGGGGUUUUUUUUCACCGCAAGUAAACUUCCAGUGAGUCAUAAACUAAAAAGGAACAUACCGGUGUUGUUUGCUGCUUUUUAGUCUUUAAACUGAUGUCAAUUGUGUGACAUAAUUGCCAGAAAACUGAAUAGUUAACCUAGAAGACCUUGGAUGAGGUCGUCAAGUUGUUUUGGUAGUGAGUACAAAUUGGUGAGGCAUUUCACUCCUUUCACGAGGAAGAAAUAGGCAAACAAUUAUCGGCUAAAAACAUAACAAGAACAGCAAGAAGACAUUUCAGAAGACAUCUGCUCUUGGGAGAAUAUUUGCAGCACUAAACAAUCCUUUUUGGCUUGAUCUUCCAAACUUGCCGAUAAACGGGCAAUUGAAGAUGAACUUAACAUCGAUGGAGGUAAGCAUGUUUUGGCUUGUUUUUGAACUUAGAUUAUUUUGAAUGAAUAAUAAGCCAUUUAUUGAAUUAGGCUUUCGUAUCAUCUGAAGAAUUAUGGAGAUCUUGGAGGGCAUUAUCCGCCUCAGCCUAAUCGCCUUGUUGGAUAACACCCUCAGUCUCAUCCAAAAAUUGUUUUAACAAUUUCAUAAAUAAAAUUAUGAAAUGGGAUCACUUUGCCCUCUGUGUAAGCAAAAAAUGGACUUUGUGUUACUGGUUUGAACACUGUUUUUACCAUUGUUAUGAUGAUGAGAAUGAUGGUGAUGAAAUUAUUAUUUUUAUUUCAUAAUAAUGAUAAUUAUUAUUAUUGUCGUCGUUGUUGUUGUUUGUUUGUUUGUUUUUUUCCUGCUUUUCAGCCUAGUGAAACUGAAAUAUUUAGUGAUCUUAAAUGAAAAAACAGAUUGUAUACAUUAAUAGUGUUGGACUUGUAGUAUUUCCCAUUUCAUUAUCGACACUUCCAUGUAAAAGGUGAUCAAGAACCGCAAAAGCCACUAAGAAUAUAAAUUUGAAUGGCAGCAAAUGGUAAUGUCAACAACAACAGCAACAACAGAACUAAUGGUUUAAAUUGUAUGUCUGCAGGUUUCCUGUCCCAGUAGAUCUAAAGAAAACCAAUCUAAACAAGGAAUUAGACAAAGUUCUUCAUUGUUCUCUUUUGAGCUUGGGUCAUGGGCCAUGCAGGUACAAGUUCUCAUAACAUAUUAAUGUGUAGUCUACCUGGCAGGCUUUAAAAGGAGAAGGGGCAAUUUGGGCAUGUGAAAGCAUGAGGGGAGUGGGAUGAGGGGAAGUUAAUCCCCUCCUCGUGCAUCCGUUGCACUCUCACGUGCCCAAUAACCCCUUUCCCUUCCCCUUUCCCGCCCUUUUAACACCUGCCACACAAGCUAAUUAAUGUGCUGGCCUUUGACCACAGUUACAAAGUACAAUGAAUAUGAAGCCGAACAGACUUGUUUGCUACAUGCUUUAAGCUUUUCAGACUUCACCAUCCAAACUGUUCAGUGACCCCCUCUUUGGCAGAACUUUUAUGUUUUUUUUAGGAAUUUGCAUUGCCUGCUUGGUGGGUGCAAAAAAAGAGGUGGGAAGGGCAGUAGAGGACAACUCCCUUUUCUUUUUCUCCUGAUUACCAACCCCUUUUGGCCCCUGCCAUGCAGGCUUGGUUUUACUAAAUGGAACAAAUGGUGGAUGUAUCAUGGUUGAGAGGACAACAGAUAUGUCCUCUUUACUACAUUAGCAUGUUAACAGUAAGCUCCAAAGAAGGGCGCCGGUCUAGCUGGUUGUUCUGGUUAUGGAGAGAGGUGACAACCUGAAAUAUGCCUGCGUUCGCAGGCUAAUAUAGGUUCAUUUAUGAGCUUACUGUAACCCACCCAACCCAUGAUAUGAAAUGAUGUGUGCAAGGCACACACCACCAGGGAAACUUCGCCUACUCUUUUCGACCAGUAGUAGACAAACCCAAUGGCUUAACACCCAAAUACUUUUUAGUCUGAACUGAGACCAGGGGCUCUUACCAUUUACACAAACCACCCGGGUGGAAAUCUGGUGCAUAAACAUAAAACUAUAAAACUUGAAGUGAUAGGACAACGACUUGCUGCAGAGUCUAUCCAAAUUAGCUGAACAAACUAAAAAGAGAAGAAAAAAUGGCAUCGCCUCAAAUAUUUUUUUGCAUCCCAUUUUGUUUAAGCUUCCCAACGGAAUGGGUCCAACCAUUUGAUUCUCCAACCGGAAUUACCGGUUUUCCCAUGUAAAUUGUAAAUACCCCAGUUCUCAAAUCCCAGCCAGCAUGAUCUUACUUAAUUUUUUAAACACCUUGGUGUUGGUCCUUGCGGGGUUUAAUUUGAACCUACGACCUGCCGCUCGGUAGACCGACGCACACUAAUAAAAUCCGUUACUGGUCAUUUUGAUAGAUUUCGAUAGAUUAUUCAGUCAAGGUUUAAACAGUUCACCUACUUGGCUUAAAAAACGAAAGAUAUUCACCCAAAAUAUUUUUCUUGUUCACGCGCAAACUACACUUGAAGUGAACGAAAUUUUUGUGUCAUUUCACUGCUUGAGUUCUUAUGGAAAAGAAUUUUAUAGAAACGACUUUUUAACGAAACGACCGGUUUCCAUUAAAAUCACUAUCCCUGCCUUAAUUUUCUAUCUUCCUUUUUACCAAUACAGCGCACUUAAGGUGGCGCACACCGGCCAGUCAGUGGAGGAAGCUGUGGAAAAUGUUGUUGCUGCUGUGUCUGAAAUCGCCAGGAUAGUUCCGAGAGGUUGGAACAACAUUCAGUCUUUGAACCUGAAGACAACAGACUCUAUAUCUCUUCCCAUUUAUACCUCGCUACCAGAAAAAUCCCUUGCUCUUGAAACAUCAGAACCACCGAAGAAAAAGAAGAAAAAAGCGUGAUCAUCAAUCUUUUCAAGCUCCUUUUAUAUUUUGUACUUGUAAGAGGGUCAGGGAUGAAAUGUUUGGUUUUGUUGCCCUCGAGGUUGACCGACAUUGGAACCAUCGAAUAGUUUGCCAGUAAAUGGCUGGAACCGUUUGCAGAGUGCAACCUUUUGCAUCAAAAUAAUUAAAUUAAGGAAUGAUCAACCCAAUUGUUGUACCUGUUCGGUUGAAGAAGUUGCGAAUUUAAGCCUUGAACAAAAUAGAACUUUAAGAAGUUUAAGGGAAUUCGAACAUUGACAUGCGGAUAUGCAGUAUCGUUCUGUACGGUUUAUAUCUGAUUUAUUUCUUAUAAUAAGCAUCAGUUAGGUCCACUCCUUGUCCAGGAGUACAUUAGCCCUUGACCUACUGCUGAUGUCAGUUCUGCCGGUAAGAUAAACACAACGGUAACAUGCAUCCACGGUUCAUUUAUGAUUUAUCUCAUACACGUAGUAUUAAACUCAAAAGGAUUGUAUCGUUUCCUCCGAGUGUUCUCGUUUCUCUAUCCUUUCCCUGCUGAUUAUAACGUCGUUGAAAAGACAAUGCAACAAGUAAUUUGUUUCGUGAUGUAAUUUUAUCCUCACGCUGGUCUUAUUUACGGACUAGAAGCUGACUCGUCCCCAGUCGUCCCUCACUAUCUCUCCCUAGUGGCGCGCGGGGUGUGAUGGGAAGGAGGAAAGCGAGGGAGAGAGACUGCUCCCGCGCGCGCGCGUUACGCGAAGACGAUUGGGGACGAGUCAGGACUAGAAGAGCAUUUCUCACCACUCCAGCUGUUUUUAACUUAAGUACCAAGAACGAAAAACUCUAGCUGUACCAAG